AUGGCAGCAGAUGACUAUGAAGAGGUGGUGUCAGGUGGAGGACUCAAGCUAAAAGGGGCCGAUCUCGGUAAAAAAAAGAAAAAAAAGAAAAAGUCAUCCCUUUCGACCUCGAUGCUGGACAAAGACAAAAGCAACUAUACCGAACUAGCGAAAUCAUUAAUCGAGUCAUCCUCAUCACUACAGAAGCAGAAGCUGCGAGAAGAAGGACGAGCCACAUCGGAAGAACAGAAAGAAUCAACUUCAUCUUCAAUCGCUACGUCGGUUAACAUCACCAGAGUGGAGAAAACUAGGGCCGAAAUCAAGUUCGAGGAAACCCAAAAAAUGAGGUUGCUCGAGAAAGUUAAGAAACAAGCGUUGAAAACUCACAAGGAUAGAGUCGCCGAUUUCAAUACCAGAUUAGAGAAUCAAUCCGAACACUUUGACAUCCCAAAGGUAACGUCCAGCUCAUUUUCGCCGACGAGGCGCCCAUCUGGCUUUUCAGUUUGGCUAAUCCAACCAUUUUGGUAUUGUUUUGUACAACUUUCUUUCUGCCCGCAGGUCGGACCUGGCUAA